GUUCAGGCUUCAUUUCCCUCCUCCGGUCACUUUCAGGCAGGAGCUCCUACGAAGGAUUUCAUAUAAAAGUUACUGAGCCCGUAUUUUUUUUUAUUUUCCUACACCAGCUUUUUCUGUCGGACAACAUGUGCACUGGGAAAUGUUCCCGCUUCGUUGCGGUUUCUCUUUACCCGUUGGUGCUCAUAUCCAUCAUCUGUAACAUUCUGCUGUUCUUUCCCGGCUGGGACGUCAAGUACGCCCAAGAUGGAAAUAUCACAGAGGAGGUCAAGUACAUGGGGGGACUCGUUGGAGGGGGUUUGUUGGUGCUGCUGCCAGCUCUUUACAUCCACCUGACGGGGUCACAGGGCUGCUGUGCGAAUCGCUGUGGGAUGUUCUUAUCUAUCGCGUUCGCCGCAGUUGGUGUGGCCGGUGCCCUGUACAGCUUGAUCGUGGCCGUGCUCGGCCUGCAGAACGGGCCCCUCUGCAAAGUCGUGCUGAUUUGGAUGACACCGUUUAAAGACAGGGAACCGAGUUACCUGAAUGAUCGCACUUCGUGGGGACUGUGCACAGAGCCCAAAGACAUUGUGGAGUUCAACAUUGGACUGUUCGCCACUCUGCUGGCCUGUAGCGUCCUGCAGCUCGUUCUCUGUGCCGUCCAGAUGAUCAAUGGGCUCUUCGGCUGCCUGUGUGGAACCUGCACCGACAAAGGGCAACUGUGAGUUUCUGACAGUCAAGUGGCGCAACCUGCUGGAGGGCCGAGGAUACUUCUCCCUGGCUGCAUCUGCUUAAAAUGCUCGUAGAGAUUGUAGUUAUUUCUAUGACACUUUUUUUUAUUUUUUUUGUGUGUUUUCCAUGAUUCAUCCACUGUUAAUUUAACCAAUAUAGAAACUUCGAAAUGUACAUCCGUGUAUUAUGGUAUUUUGUGAAAAUAAAAGGUUUCUAAUC